GAUAAAACAUACCUAACUACCUAAGCGAGAAGACGAUAUGAGUUAUGAGACUAUGAGAGCCGCUUGGCUCGCAAACCACCGCGAACAGAAAAUAAACAUGGCUACUCUGUUCAAGUACUACAAACCCCUCUGCUCCUCUAUCCGAUUCACCUCGCCGUUUACAAUCCCACCGUUCCGUUAUGCUCCUAACCGCACUCGUCCUCCCCGGACCGUUCCGGUCACCGGAAAGAGAAGGCAAUUCUUUUCCUUCUUCAGUUCGCUCACUUCAUCCCUUCCGGUACUCAACGAGAACAACUCCGGUCCAACCAGUGGCGACGGCGCAGCGAGUCCUCCAUCGGAGCUGUGGCUUUACAACACAAUGACGAGGAAAAAGGAGUUGUUCAAGUCGAAAUUGGACGGUAAAGUUGGAAUGUACGUCUGCGGCGUCACCGCCUACGAUCUCAGCCAUAUCGGCCAUGCCCGGGUUUAUGUCACCUUCGAUGUGCUCUACAGAUAUCUAAGGCAUUUGGGAUAUGAUGUGUCGUAUGUUCGCAAUUUCACGGAUGUUGAUGAUAAGAUAAUUGCACGAGCGAAUGAAGUGGGGGAGGAUCCAAUCAGUUUGAGUAGAAGAUACUGUGAGGAAUUCCACCAGGAUAUGGUUUCUCUUCAUUGCCUGCCUCCUUCUGUUGAGCCCCGAGUAUCAGAUCACAUGCCUCAAAUUGUUGACAUGAUCAAUAAGAUUCUUGAUAAUGGGUGUGCCUACAGAAUUGACGGAGACGUCUACUUCUCUGUGGACAAGUUCCCACAGUAUGGACGUUUGUCUGGAAGAAAACUAGAAGAUAACCGAGCAGGUGAGCGGAUAGCUGUUGACACAAGAAAAAGGAAUCCUGCUGAUUUUGCUUUGUGGAAGUCCGCGAAGGAGGGUGAGCCAUCUUGGCAGAGUCCUUGGGGCCCUGGAAGACCUGGAUGGCAUAUUGAGUGCAGUGCCAUGAGUGCUGCUUAUCUGGGUCAUUCCUUCGACAUACACGGUGGGGGAAUGGAUCUUGUGUUUCCGCACCAUGAAAAUGAGAUUGCUCAGAGCUGUGCUGCUUGUGGAGAUAGUAAUAUAAGCUAUUGGGUUCACAAUGGCUUCGUCACAGUUGAUUCAGAGAAAAUGUCAAAAUCUCUAGGAAAUUUUUUCACAAUUAGGCAGGUUAUAGAUCUAUACCAUCCCUUAGCAGUGAGGCUUUUCUUGUUGGGUACCCAUUACAGAUCUCCAAUAAAUUAUUCCGAUGCACUGCUUGAGAAUGCUUCUGACCGUAUCUUUUACAUUUAUCAGACAUUAUAUGAUUGUGAGAAUGUAAUCGGAGAGCAAGAUGCAGGUUCUGAGGACAGUGCAAUUCCUCCUGAUACGAUGAAUUGUAUAGUGAAAUUCAAUGAUCUGUUUGCAGCCUCAAUGUCUGAUGAUCUCCAUACCCCUGUUGUUUUAGCUGCUAUAUCUGACCCAUUGAAAAUCAUCAACGAUAUGCUGCACACACGCAAGGGAAAGAAGCAAGCAAAGAGAAUAGAAUCACUCUCUGGACUAGGAAAGAUAGUCCAGAAAGUCCUAACCAUCCUGGGGCUGAUGCCAACAACUUAUUCAGAGGUUCUUCAGCAGUUAAAGGAAAAGGCAUUGAGGCGUGCCAAGUUAACAGAAGACCAGGUUAUUCAGAAGAUUCACGAAAGGACUGAAGCAAGAAAGAACAAAGACUAUGAAAAAUCAGAUGCCAUCAGAAAGGAGUUAUCUUCUGUUGGAAUUGCUCUUAUGGAUAAUCCAGAUGGGACUACCUGGAGACCGGCUGUCCCACUCGCCUUGCAAGAGCUGGAAAUUGGCACACCUUGAUGUUUCCUUCUCGGUAUUGAACUCUUAAAGAUUAACUACACAUCUUCUUGAUUCCGAUUAGGCUGGAACGGUUACAUUGGCAAUGUGAGCAAAUACAAUAGAGAAAGGUGCAAUGGUUAUUGGGUCCGAAAGUCUGGCCUGAACCGGUUCCAGAAGAGGUAUAGAUCCAGAUGUAUUAUUCACUGCAAGUACUUUCCCGUUCAGAAGUACUGUCUGACUGUGUAAAUCAUUACCAUUAGCGGUCAAGUGGUAUUCCUCUCUUGCAUGUGCAUUAGCUUUGGAACCGCUUGACAUCCUAGUGAAUUUUGAUCUUCGAUUUUGGUGAUGUCGCCGAGCUGUCCGAACAGUCAUGGCAUUUUCAGUAGAAACACGCACAUUAGCUGUCGUGUUACUGUCAAGGUUGAUCAAAAGUAAUGUGAUUCCUUGAGAUUCCUUUGAACAGUGAGCAUAAGCACGUAUUUUCUUGGUUCCAGAGAAGCUCGUGGAAAGCACCUUUGUUCCCAUCAAACGGUGCCACAGCAGUGCACUUUAAACAGCAGAGAUUGAUAGAUAAGGUCUUAGAUUGCCGCAGGGGGAGAAACUGGGUACUAUUUUUUUUCUAUUCCAUGGUUUCAGGAAUUCUCACCUGUAGUAAUCUGGGUUCGGAACGAAGGUGGUAGUGUUGAGCAGGCCAUAAUUCCCUCCAAUCAGUGACUGCCUACAGUAAGUUUUGGUGUUGUAGGAUGCCGCCAUUCCUAGCUGAUCCAGGUACCUGUCGGUGCAGCAGAGUACGGCAUCAAUAUUUCAGGGAUCUGAUAGUGUGAAGAUGAAGGGAACUCUGGCAACUGGGUUAUAGGCUUAGUACCAGAAACUGAACACAAAUGCAUUCGUGACUAGAUUAUGACCGCUGUUGUAGGCACCACCGGCCUCACCAACCCAAGCAACAGCUGAACUCCCUGUGGUCUUCAAGAUUCCUUGCAGUCCACUGAAAGGCGACGAGCCACCAUCGAGGUACGAUGGAUCCAGAAUCUUGUCAACCAAGUGAGUAUCAACACCUGAUUUCCAUAGUGAACUUUCAGAAAAAUACUGUAUGUGGAGUAAAAGACGAAUGAAAUCAAAUAACUAGGCUCAGGGAUGGUCAACUCUUCUGUUCCAACAAUACCUGGUCCCAGGUUAUAGAUAUGAUGAGUGACAACCUGAAGGGAGUUCUUAGGUGUUUUAUUUAUGAACUGUGUGAGCCAAUUCGCGUCGUAAAACCCUCCAGGUGCCAAAACCAGUGGCUUCUUCAUCCUCUUCCCGAACCUCGCAUAAGUUCUCCUCACGAUAUCGUGCAGGUUGGUUAUAUCAGAUGCGUACUGGUCUGGGGCCACACUGGUCCCAAUUCCGCUCCCACUAAGCUCAUUCCCGAGCUCCCAACCAAAGAUGGUGAAUUUUUUGUUCACGGUAUGUCUUAUCAGAGCCUCCGCAUUGCUCGAGUUCCACGCUCCUGCUGCUGAACCAUCAGAAGCUAUUGUCCUACCGUUCAGCGCGUUUAACCCGAAUACAAUCGCUGCCCUGCAUUCUCAAAAAUGCAGCACCAAGUUGAACGAUCUGAGUCGUGCAAAUGACUUCGUCGACAAUGUUGAACUUGCAGAAAGGGGGAAGUGUAUGGUUACUGUAUUGUACCCAGCUUUCCUGAAGAAAGAGUUGAGUUCGUCCCAUCUCGACAUGGGCAAGCAGCCCUGGGAGAAGCCAAACAUUUCUGAAGAGCUCUUGAUGAAGGAAGCUGGGCAAGCCUGUUGUUGAGUCUCGUAUAUGACCUUAUCUUGUAGGGUACCCCCCAAUCUGAUCUUCAGAGGAGAGAAGGCUGGAAAUGUUGAACAAAAAAACAAAUAAAAAAAAAAUUAUAAAAAUAAGGAAUCAAGGCACAGCCUGUUAUGCUCUGUUCUUCACUCUGCAAAUUAUUCCUUGUGUACCUUUAAUGGCGUUGAGUAACAGAGGGUUGGUAAGAUCCUGGUUAAGAAGAGAAGCUCUUCCCCAGCUGCAAGUUCCAUAGUCACAUUUCUCCGGCGGCCACCAGUCGAGAGUUGCACAUAUGAAAUUUGGGUUCGUCCUCCCGAUUCUCGAGCUUCCAUUGAUGACAACCGUCCCUUCAACCGCCGCUGUCGUGCUCUGGGAAGCCACGAAGAAGAAGAUGGAGCUGUGAAUCAGCAAACUCAGCAGCAGGCAGAGCCCGGUCGAGGAAGAUGAACCACCCAUAUUAUUUAUGAUCAUGAAAAAAAAAAUAUACUAGCAACUGAGAUUUCUUUUUCCUUGCUCUUUUGGACCGUAGGUUGCUGUUAUAUAUAAACGAUUAGAGGGAGUGGUAGAGACAUGGUGGUGGUGGUUUGUCUAAUUGAGAUAGAAAUUAUUAUCAUUAUGCAUAUGGG